AUGGAGAGGAUGAUUAUUUUCUGUACGCUUUUCUUCUGUUCCAGCAUGGCGCUGACUGCAGCUCCACACAAAAUAGCAAAAUACAAACAGAUUUUGAAGACAAUUGAAGUGUUAGAAACCACAGUGAAAGAUAAGGAUGUUGAAUUGCUGCACACACCAGAAAACCCUGUGGAUGGAUGCCUGUUCACAGCUGUGGCCUGCUUCCAGAAGGGCACACUGAAAUUACAACCAGAAAACAGCCAAGUAAUUCCCACGUUCACCCAAACCAUUAAAGUCUUGAAAAGAUUCAGCUACCCUGGCAAGCACUGCGAGUCUUCAUGUGAAUCUUACGAGAAAAAAAAACCCAAAGAGUUUUUGAAGAGCUAUGCAAAACUAAUCAAAAAGUUACUCAAGGACUAA